AUGUCCCGCCCCCGCCUUCAAUGCUUGAGACUCGUUGCCGCCGCUGCAGCCGUGCUGGCGAGUGAUUCCCCUGUGAGCCUCGGGGCAGACGAUGCUCAGUACACGCGCCUGCAGGCUCUGGGAGAAGCAUCCUACGACACGGCUCUUGCAGGAUUGGCCAGCAACAGCACAUGCAAUGCGGACAAUGUCGUAGCCCGCCGCUCCUGGCACGUAUAUACGCGAGAGGAGCGUUUGGACUAUAUCAAGGCAGUAAAAUGCCUCCAGUCUGCCAAAUCUAUCACGCCUGCGGAGCUAGGAUCUGGCAUCAAGACCAGAUUUGACGACUUUGUCGGCACCCAUAUGAACCAGACAAACAAUAUCCACCUCACCGGAAACUUCUUGUCAUGGCACAGAUACUUCAUCUGGCUGUACGAGCAGGCAUUGCAAGAGGAGUGUGGGUAUAGGGGUAGCUUACCGUACUGGGACUGGCCGUUGACUGCAAUCACUGGGCUGGAGGAGUCUCCCAUCUACGAUGGCAGUGACACAUCCAUGUCAGGCAAUGGAGAGUACAUUGCAGAUAAGCCUGACCUGUGGACGAUGGGGGUUACUCUCCCUGCUGGCAGCGGUGGCGGCUGCGUGUACUCAGGUCCCUUCGCCAAUUAUACUGUCAACUUGGGCCCUGUCGAUCUCGCCCUACCUGGCAACACGUCAAUGGCGAACCCUCACAAUGACACGGGAGUUCUGUCCUGGAAUCCACGUUGCCUCAAGCGCGACUUGACCGACUAUAUCAUCCAGAACUACAACAGCGCAACUCAGGUCCUGGACACGAUACUUCUAUGGGACACCAUCUCGGACUUUCAGCUUUCACUGCAGGGCAUCAACAUCACGACUGGAGCGAAUUAUCUUGGCCCCCACGGAGGUGGCCAUUGGUCGAUGGGUGGCGAUCCAGGCCGCGACCUUUUCGCCUCGCCGGCCGACCCAGCUUUCUAUCUACACCACACGAUGAUCGACCGGGUUUGGUGGAUGUGGCAGAUGCAGUCCCCCGCUGAGCGGACAGCUGGACCCACGGCCGUCGGGGGAACCAUCACGUUCUUGGACAGUCCUCCCAGCCGUAACGCCAGCCUCGAUGACUACAAUGAUUACGGAAAAUUCCACGACCAAUAA